GAAGAAUUAAUAAUAUUCUAGCUCAUUAAUAAAAAGUGUAAAUUUUGUAAUAAUUUUUUUAAAAUGACCAAUAUUAAAUUUUCUAAUAAUGCCUACUGCAAAAUGAUUUUUCAUGCGGCUAAAUAUCCCCAUUGUACUGUAAAUGGUGUUUUGCUGGCAAAAACCCAUAACAAUAGAGAUGUUGAAUUAGUGGAUUGUAUACCUUUAUUUCACAUAUCUAUAAAUCUAACUCCUAUGGCCGAAAUAGCUUUAAUGCAGAUUGACGAAUAUGCUUCAAAAAAAGGUUUAAUUAUAGCAGGAUAUUAUGUAGCUCCGGAAAAUCCUAGAGAAACUAAUUUCGAUAAGGUAUAUAACCGAAUAUCGGAGAAAAUAGCUGCUAAUUGCGGUUCUUCAUAUGUAGUUAUAGUUAACAGCACUAUUUAUACUGUUCAAAAAGGUAAGAUUCCCUUGAAAAUAGGACUGUACAGUGACGGGCACUACAAACAAUGUGAAAAUGUGAGUGUCUCAGAUGAUGCUCUCAACAUCUGCAUAACAGGCAUUAACGAUGAAUUGUACAAUAAAUUGAUUGAUUUCGAUAACCAUCUUGAUGACAUAUCAUUAGAUUGGAGAAAUUGUGAAUUAAAUGAGGAUUUUGAGUCCAUGUCGUGAAUUUAAUUGAUUUAAAUUAUUAUUUAUGUUAUAAUUGAUUAAUAAAAUUGAUAAUUACUAUGUAUAUUUGAUGCAAA